AUGCCUCUGCGAGCCAAAAUCCUCAAUUCUGCUGUCAGCGGGAACAGAAGUUACUCGAUGGAGAGCGAUCUAGUAAAACCGCAGCCAGGCGAUGAGGGGGACGAUGUGCUCUUCAGCUCGAUAUACGGCGUGCGGACCGUGGAGCUCAACCGGCCGAAGAAGCUCAAUUCUCUGAACGGAUCAAUGGCGCGGAAGAUCAUCGCACGGUUAAGAGAAUGGGAAAAGUCACAGCUCGCGAACGUGAUAGUCAUCAAAGGCGCCGGACGAGCCUUCUGCGCCGGCGGCGACGUAGCAGCGCUCGCAAAGUGGAACACCGAAGGCCCGGAAGGACAGCAGAAGUCGAAAGACUACUUUGCCCUCGAAUACAAGCUCGACCAUCUCAUCGCUACCUACUCGAAACCGUACGUUGCGUUCAUGGACGGCAUAACGAUGGGCGGCGGCGUUGGGCUGAGCACGCACGCACCGUUCCGGAUAGCGACUGAGAACACCGUUUUUGCCAUGCCCGAGACGACGAUCGGGUUCUUUCCGGAUGUGGGGGCGAGCUUCUUCCUGACGCGGAUGGACGGGAACAUGGGCACGUAUCUCGCCUUGACGAGCGAGCAGCUGAAAGGGGAGGACGUCUUCUACCACAACAUCGCCACCCACUUCAUCCACUCCUCCUCCCUCCCCGACCUCUCCGCCCGCCUCGCCGAGCUCAAAUUCAAAGACUACGACGACCUCCUCCACCGCUACCAGACCAUCAACUCGACAAUCGAAGAAUUCGUCACCGGCCUCUCUUCCCCGCGCCCCACCAUCUCAGGCGACCAACGCCUCGCAAUCGAUCAGAUAUUCAACCCGCACCGAGACAUCAAGGCCAUCCUCUCCGACCUCUCCAGCAUAACCGAGAAGCCGUAUGGCGCCGGCCUAGCCGACUGGGCCGCCAAGACCGCCCACACGAUGCAGCAGCGCUCGCCGACGAGUGUUCUUGUGGCGCUGAAGCAGAUGCGGGAUGGACGCGGGUGGGAUAUCGCGGAGACGUUCCGGCGCGAACACCUCAUCGCGAGCCGCUUCAUGGAACAUCCCGACUUUGUCGAGGGCGUCACGGCGCGGUUGGUGCGGCGGCAGAAGGAGCGGCCGAAUUGGCAGCCGGGCUCGUUCGAAGAGGUUACGGAGGACAUGGUCGAGGGGUUCUUCGCUGGGGAGCCUGAGUUGCAGCUGCUGAAGGAGCAGAGCGAGCGGAGCGCGUACCGGGAGUAUCCGCAUCAGAGGGUCGUCGGGUUGCCGACUGAGCAGGAGUUCGCGAACGCAUUGAGGGAGGGGACGUCGAGAGAGGGGAUGGGGCAGCUGUUUGCGCAGCAGACAAAUGCCAAGGUUGGCGUGCAGGAGAAGUUGGGGGAGUAUAUGGAAAGGAAGGAGAGGGCGAAGGAGUUGGGGAUCAAGGGGUACUAG